AAAAGUGUGAGUUGGGUCGAGUUACUCAAACCCAAUAUUAAAAAAUUAAAAAACCAAAGCCCAUUAAUCUUCCAAAAUCAACUUGAGCUUACUAGUUGGGUUGAGUUAUUGGGCUGGUGGGUCUAAUACACACUCACACAGCCCAACCUCUAUAGCCCCAGUUUGACACACUCUUAAAUCUCACUCAACGUUCUCUCUCGCCGGCGACCUCACUUCCGGCGCCGACCCGCGUUGUCUUCAGCCUUUUCAAUCUUCUCUCUCUAUCGAGAAUUUGGGUUUAGGUUUCUGGAAAAAAAACAUGCCUUCUUUGAUCCAUGAUACUUCAACCUUUGUGCAAAAUGCCAAGUUCAUGAUACUAUGCUGGAGCUUUGUGUAGGAUGAGGAAUUAAAAAUCAACAUGUUAUACCACAGAAACAAAAUACAUGAAGCUAAGAUUAAAUGGAGGAAUCAGAGAAGAGGAGAGAAAGACUGAAUGCAGUGCGCAUGCAAGCUGCUCAGUCUGACUUUUCAAUUAAUGUUGCAAGUUCUUCGAUGCCUGUUUCCCUUUCUAAUCCAUUGAUUGAAACCUCUGCAACUAUGGCAGUGCAGGAGGAGUCAUGUUCUCCUAGGUUUGAUUUUUACACAGACCCAAUGUCAGCAUUCUCUGAUAGCAAGAAGAGUAGCAAGGCUAGUAAUCAGAACAGACCAGAUUAUUUCACAUCUCCCAAUUAUUGUGGUUCUCCUAUGGCACAGUUUUCACCAUCUCUUCCAGCUGGACCAAUGAACCCUGGAAUGGCUCUGUAUUCUGCUCAUCAAAUCCAGAUUAGCAGUUCACCCAAUCAGAUAACGUACCAAGAACAAGGUUCUUGUUACAGCCCUGGUCCACAUAGAAGCCCAAUAGGAACAUCCAAUCCUUUUACCAUGCAUCCAUGGUCUCCAGAAGUCUGGAAUGCACCAAUAACCCCAACAAGCAGUAGUUUUCCAUAUAAUCCAUCUAGAGGGGGUCAUCAUCCAAGCCCUGGGUUUGGACCAAGAGGUAGCCCGCGUUUUAAUACUCGGCAAGGCUGGGGUCACUUGGUCAGCCACAGUUCAAGCCCUGGUUCAGGACGAGGAGGCAGUCCUAGCCCUGGUUCAGGAAGAGGUGGGAGUCGCUGGUAUGGAAGAAGCAUGAGCCCUGUUUUGGGACGUAGUAGUAGACGAGGGCGAGGUUCUCAUGCUCGUCUAUCAGGGCCACAGCAAUUUUACAAUCAGUCCAUGUUAGAAGACCCAUGGAAGUUUUUGAAACCAGUUGAAUGGAGGUGCAUGAGUGCUUUAGUGAAUAGUUUGAACGCCCCUGACUCAUCAAAAUCCAGGAUUACAAAAUCUCCUAGCACGAGAAAGACCAAAGUUUCAGAACCUUCAAACAAGUCAAGUUCUCAACCAAGCUUGGCUGAGUACUUGGCUACCUCAUUCAAUGAAGCUGUAAAUGACACACCAAGUAUAUGACAGUUGCUGGGAGUUCCAUUAAAGCUGGGAGUUCUCACUUCUCAGUAGGAUUUCUAACCAGAAAGAGAAGCAGGAAGGCUUAAAAGGUGUUUGGUGGAUAUCUAGACUCCUGAAGGCACCAAAAGAAUUUCGUAUAUCUCUUUGUGGAGUUUCGAAGAAACUGUUACUAUUUGCAAUUGCAUGUAAUGAUCGCUUAUAAAAUUCAGAGUAAAUUAUCAGAAGGCUGCAAGCAUCUGAUACUGUACAAAGUAAUAACAUAGCAAGUUAAUUAUAGUUGUGUUUUGCAA